AUGGGUAUGCCAUCUGACAACGCUACGACUGCAACCACCGCUAUUACCAAUGACUACGGUAUCGAUGCACGUCGCUACUCCGACUCUUCGACUGAAUCUGAUGUGCCUGAAAUGGUGCGAUUCGAGGAAGAGAAGGGUGCGAUAUCCGACUACAUCGAGAUGUGGGAUUACGUUGGUGGGAUUAGGUUCCGGGGGUUUGUUGCUGAGAAGGAAGACGAGAAGGCUAUGUUCAUCUUCUUCGAUGAAUCCGUCAUCAAUGGUGACCUCAAGGCUGGUCUCAUGGCCCUCCUCGAACUUUGCGAAGUCGAUAACUUCUCCUGCAACCGUCUCGUCCUUUGCAUCGACCGCCACGCCGAUCAGGCCGCCCUUAACAAUCUGACUAAGGAUCUGGGUUGGAUCGGCUUCGGUCUUACGACACUCGACGAGUUCAGCCAAGGCGAGGAGUUGACAAGCAAGAAGUGGCUGUUCAUGGAUAUGGAGAUAUAG